GAACUUUUAUGGCAGGGGACUAAUAAAAACCAAAAGUUACUAUUAUCUGUUUUUUACGCAUAUUAAAAUGGGUAAAAAGCGCCACAGCGAGGGCUCGACAGAGUCAAACACUCCGGUGAAAAAGGAAAAAGUUCCGGAGUUCAAUGGGACUGCUUUUAAAGCCAUGCUGAAGGAACCCAGCACAGCCAUGAAAGGACUGGAAACAUUCAUAUCUAUCGCCAAGAAGCUGCCGUGCUCUGACCUGUACGAUGUGGUUGAAGGUUAUAUUAAAAUAUCCAUGGAGUGUGCGGAAAUAUUCAAAUUGCUGGAGAGAGAAAAGCAUGUGGAGAGUGAGAUGAUGCUGAUCUUUGAGAGCCUGGAGACGGUCCUUCUGAGGACAGCUAGUGACCUGUCCCACUUCAACAUGGUUGGCAAUGCUAUUGUGAAAAAGACUGUUUCAAGCUACAUGAAACUUCUGCAGGGAUCUUUCCAUUCAGAAAAUCACAGGUUUGUCCGUCAGUGCCUCAGCCUCCUAUCCGCCUUGGUGUCUCAGGGUCCAGAAGCUGCCAGGGAGGUCCUAAGUCACAUUCACAUCAAUAAAGCUCUGUCUGGACUGGCAAAGAGAAAGGAUAAAAAGGGAAGACCUGAUGUUCGCAUGGCUUUUAUCCAGUUUGUGCUGUCCUUUUUGGUGUCUGGAGAUAACUCUACAGUUGGACAAAUAUUAGAAAUCAAAGAACUCCUGCCAGAGAUCCUGAGUACAGGUGUGAAGGAAGACAGGAUGUCCAUAGUCAGCCUGAUUCUGUCCACGCUGAGGACUAGAGUUGUCCUAAACAAGGCCAUAAGUAAAACACAGAAAGUGCGUUUUUUCACACCUGCUGUGUUGGCCAACAUAGCAUCUCUUUAUAAAUGGAAUGGGAUUGUGGAUGCAACCACUGAUGAUAACAGAAUGCUUGAGGACUCCGAGCAUGCAGGGAUAUCUGCCGUCCGGGAACUUGUUCACAGUUUCCUUCUCGACCUGUGCUGCUCUCGUAAACAUGGUAUCAGCUUUCACGAUGCCAGCUUUGGCACGGCCGGCAGAGCUGGGAACAUUGUCUUGCUUCAGUUCUUGGUGGGGCUGAAGCAGGCCACAGAGGAUGAUUUGGUGGCGGAGCUGGUGGUGAAUGUGCUGAAAGUUAGCCCUGACAUGCUGGCCAGAUACUUUCAGGAGACUCAGUAUUCAUACACCCCCCGCCCCAAAAGUGCUUGGCAGGACAAUGUUAAGUUACUCAAAAAGAUCUACGAAGCCCAGCCAGAGAUGUCCACAAUCUUCCAGACUUCUGAGGUCAACCCUCUCCCUCGCCUGCUCUCCAUGAUUAUGGUGAUAUCUCUUCCCCCGGUCUGUAACAAGGCCUUCUUCACACAGGGCCUCAGUCUUGCCAACACAGCAGUGCAGCUCACAACUCUGUCGAUGAUAAAUUUCAUCUUGAAAAGAGCCAAUAGGAAUAUAGAGUACCUUUUGGAUAAGCCCGAGUGCCACAGGUCAGGUGUAUACACUCUUGAUGUGAUGGGGGAAUUGGUGCAGCAGUACAGGGAGACACUGAGCAAGAUUUUGCCCGAUAUGACGAGCAUAGUUGCAAAGUGGCAGUCAAUUAGCAAGAAGGAAAAGACGGAUGAUGAAGAGAAAAAGACAAAAAAUGAAGGGAGUGCUGCACAGAUAGAUGAUAAAAAGGAAAUGCCUGUUGCUGAGACAGCUGAGGUAAUCCUGCUGAAGGCUCUGAUUCUUCAGGUCAUAUGUCUUUACCAGAAAGUAGUGCCACAUCUGGUGAACCAGUGCAAAUUUGACUUCAGCAAGCUCUUCAAAGGGAUUGUGUCAGAGAAGGGGAUGAGGGAAGAAGUUCCCCCAGUUUUGCAGUAUCAGAUACUGCAGCUGGCCUUAGAUCUCCCUGCAAGCAAGUUCUCUUGGUUCCGCAUACAGGAUGUUGCAGACACAGAAUCAUCAUCUGGAGAGAAGUCAGUUCUUUACCUGCUUCUCAAGAUGUUUGUCAGCAGCAGCAGCAGCCAUCUGAAAACCUCCACACGGAUGCUGGUUCUAAAAGUGCUAAAGGACAGUGGGGUGUUUGAGUACACCUGGAAUGAGCUUGAGCUCUGGCUCGACCAGCUGGCCAGAGUAGAGCCAAACCAACAAGAGGCUGUCAUCCAGUUCUUAGAGAGGGUGUUGGUGAAACUGGUGUGCAAUUCUCACACAUACACAGAUAAGGUUGCCAGCCUGGUCCAGGAGGCAGCUUAUCUGCAAGCUAACCUGAGUAGCCAGGAGGGCGACGCUGCCAGUAUCCCAGUGUCACACAUCGAUGAUGUCAUAGACAUGCUGGAUGUCAUUAUGGAGGGUAAUGAAGGUGAGAUGGAGGAGUUUGGGCCAUCUCUGAGUGAAGACCUCAUUAUCCAGACCUUCCCCUUCAGUGCGGUGGUACCUGCUGCCCUGGAGGCCCGAAACAAACUGUCAGCAGACAAAGGGAUGAUAUUUGAGUACUUGUCUGCGGUGCUGUCAGAUGUGUUGCACUGUCAGAGAGAGCCGCUCCCACUCUGUCUGGCUCUGCUGCAGUACGAUAAAGAGCUUGUGUCCCCGGAGCUCUCUGCUUCGCCUCAUCCCUCCAUCAUUUAUCUUCAUCAGUAUUACUCCAGAUGGCUACCACAGCAGUGCCGAGAAGAACUGUUCAAGUCCUCUGAAUGCCAUCCAAUGGGAAUGUCAACACCCACUUCAUUCACUGCACUGAUGAAAGCUGCAUAUAGCCAAGGAGUGAGCACUUUGCUUGAGGACGCCUUCAGGAAGAAUGUGGAAAAAACUCUAGCUUCCAUGUUGAUGGCUGAGUUUCCAAUAGCAAUCAAGCAAAUCUUACUCUACAUAAAAUCAACAGUGGAAAACUUUGGCACGUUCUCCAAAGACAUAGGAAAUUCCCCUCUGAAGAUCUUAAUGGGAAUACUCCAGGGUUUGUUGACCAAGUUACAAGGCUUUCAGGAGACCACAAACCCUGAGCCAGCAGCAGAGAACUCCCAAGAAGGAUCAGACCUCUUCCUGGAAAUCAACCAGUCGUCCACAGUAGAAACAAAUAAAGAGCAGAUCCUUCUUUCUGCACUUGGCUCCAUCUUCAAGCAUCCAUGUUUGGAGCAGUGGUUUCUGGCUCUGGAGCUGGCUGCUUUGCCUCCUCACACACUGAACCCCGUCAGACUGAAGCACCUGUGCUCUCAGCUGAAUGAUAACAUUCUGGCUUUACUGAAGACCAGCACCCCCACUCUCAGUGAUCUGGGUCAUCUGGAGCUUAUUUCUAGCUACAUGAGUGCUAUAGAGAAAGCUGUGCUCAAGGAACUGAUGGAGAAGGGCUGCCAGGCUGCAAAGAAACAGUCCACACCUUUCCAGGCCCUCCUGUCUCUGCACAGCUACAUGGACUCCUGUAGUCUGAGGGAGGUGGUCUCCAAGUUGCUACUCCUGCCCCAGGAGAGCCUAAUCUCCUCCAGCAGUAAGGGCACACAAGCUGAGCUUGGUGUCUAUGGUCAUGCCGCAGUGCACAUCCUCACAGAGGCUAAAGCAAACUCUUCCCAGGACCACAGCAUCUUUCUGUCUCAGGCACACAUCCAUGGCUUGGGGACCCUGCUGCUGUCCUGCUCCAGCCCUGCGUUGGAGGCCUUCCUGCUGCAGACUCUUUCUAGUGAGCCAGGCAGUGCCAAGCUCAUCCACACGGAUGUGCUGCUGCACUGUCUUCAGCGGCCUCUCCCAAACACUCAGGCCAUCAGUUCUCUGCUGCUGCAGAACUGCUCCACACACCGCCUCUGCUUUGAGGUGUGGUGCCUAGAGCCGGCAAACAUGGAGAAGCUCUCAGACCACACAGAAGCAUUCCUUCCACUAAUCAACACUUACCUACAGGUGGCAAGUAGAGAGGAUCCGGCCAGGCCCAAUGAUGUUCAAAAAGAAGUUUUAAAAGCCUUGAAGCAAGCUCUGCUUGGAAAAUUGUCCCAAAGUGUUCUGGGAAACCUGACAGAAGACUCUGGAGCCCAGCUUGCUGAAACACUAGCCAGUCUGAUCAAACUGUCUGCAAACAUCAAGGACACCAGGGACCUGAUUAACAAUCUUCCCAAUGCUCUUCAAAAAGUGGACAGUUUUGAAAGGUGGCAGCUAACAGAUGUUAUCACCGAUAAACUGGCUGAUUGCCCAGAAGAGCAAGAAACCUGGAGGAAGUCUGUCACCAGUGCUGGCCUCAAGUGUCUCAUUGCUGCUUACAGUCACUGCAAAGAUCAGACUGUUUCCUUGUCAGAGCAGGAGAAGAGCAUCCUGGAAAGACUACAAAGACUCCUGACAUCAGCUGAAGGCGUCAGUGCAUCUGAAUGGAACAGUUUUGUCAAGAAUGGACUAAGAUAUCGCUACAGAGAUCACCACUUUCUGAACACACUGAGUAACCUGUUGGAACUGAUGUACAGCAGCAGUGAAGUCCAGAAAGAGCUGAUACCUUUAUCCACCCUUCACAUGAUGAUCAGCAGCCAUUCUCUGUUCCUGCCCACCAUGCUGGACUCUAAUGAAGAGCUGAGCAUGUGUCAGGCUAAAGAAGCGCUAGUGUCCCUGCUUCUCUGUUUGGUGAAGAAAUGCCCAUCAGUCUGUAACAUCAAUCACUUUGUUGUACUUUUGGGAGCAUAUGGAGUUACACUGAGUACUUCAGAUCAGAAACUUUUACUGCUUCUUCAGGAAUAUGAAAGAAACAAUGUCAGUCUGCUGAAAUUUCAAUCCUUCUUGUGGGGCCCCGCAGCUGUGGAGCAGCACAAGACCAGAAAAAGCCUGGGAGCUUCCCUGUGGAAGCAGACGAACUCGGACGACCUGUUGGCCCUGCUCACAACUGACAGGAUGCUCCAAACUAUUGCACACUUUCCCCAGCAACGCAGAAUCAUCCCGCAGGAUGGUAAGGAGCUGCUUUACAGUAACAAUGCAGUAAAGGACCUUGGGAAUUUGUAUGAUCCCUGUUUUCUUUUGCCUCUAUUCAGCACCAUACUGCAGCCAGAGUGUGUGAUUGACUGCCUCAAGUUUGUAUCCAGCCAUGCCCUUGGAGUGACUGUGAUGGCUCUAAGUAGCUAUGACCCAAAAGUGAGAGCAGCAGCAUAUCAUGUGCUGAGCUGUUUCUACCAGCACCUGGAGGGCGCUCGAUUCAGAGAGAAGAGACAGCUGCUGUACUUGAUGGAUACGAUGAAGAAUGGAAUCCGUCAGCAGAACCAAAGACUCCCAUUUGUCCUGACCACUUACAUCACCAAAGUGGCUCAGCAGAUGCUCAAACCUGAGGACCACAUGUAUGUGGUGUUAAACAGGUUUCUGCUGUCUCAUCAGAGUUUGGACUUCAGAAGAGUCCCUGAGUUCUUCAAGUUAUUCUAUGGCUUUGACUUGGAGCAAAAAAUGGAACGGGAGUGGAUCUUGAGUGUGCUGGAGGACGGGAUAAGUGAUGGACACUGCUAUGAAUUAUGUGACCAUCAAGGCAUCUUUCAGACCCUUUUAGGCUUCAGCAGCAGCCCCCUGUGCGAUGAACACUGCCAGGCACACAUUAUCAGGGUGCUGUGCCAGGCUGCUCGUGUGACCAGAGCAGCUUAUAACCUCACCAAGAGCUCUGGGCUCCUAACCUGGAUAAUACAGGUGCUUGAAAAAAGGAAUCUAGACCAGCAGCUGCUCAGUGCCAUCAUAGAUCUGCUCCAUGUGCUGUGGUUUACUAACCUUGGACAGAAGGAGAAGCAGGUGGAUAGAGCCCAGACCUCCUCCUCCUCUACAGAGGAGAAACCUCAGAGCUCAAUGAAGUGUCUCCCACUUCCACUCAUCAGUGAAUUCCUGUGUGUGGCGACAACUGUCAGCAGACACCUCAGGUUGUGUGUGAAGGCCGCUCAGCUCAGCCGGUUCCUGCAGACUCUCUGCUCUAUACUGAAGCAUCGUGGGACAGCGCUCAGUCUAAACAAACAGGCUGACAGGCUAACACUCCACCCACAGCCUCUGUCUUCUACCGAAGCCCUGGCUCUGCUUCUCUGGUGGGCCUCCCUGUCCCGCAACACAACACUCCUUACCCAAAUACAAGCCUUGUCUGAAAAGCACAAAGUGAAGGAAUUGCUGGGGAUGGGAAAGGAUAAGACCCGAGGCAAAAGUUCCUUUUCCAAGGCCCGCCCGCCAAAAGACAACCUGGCAGAGGAUGCUGAGACCGAGGAACAAGAAGAGAGUCUCCUGAGAGAGUGUAAAUCUUACCUUAGCAGUAUCUUUGUUCACUGGGAGCCAGUCUUACCCCGCUCUGAACCCCAGCAGGCUUCAGACAAACAGGCUUCCAUUCGGUUGGCUGGUGAUACCGCGCACCUGCUCACCAAGUGGUCCCUGAGGUGCUUGGUGGAGGACUCGUACGAUGAAAAAAGAACAAAAGAAUUUGUGAGCUGGGUCGAAAAGGCUGUGAUAAAACACAGAGGAAUUGUGGAUGUUGUGUUACUCGAUCCUGGCUUGAAAGCUGACCUCCUUCGACUCCACCAUCAGGCCUUUGAAGCUCAGUGUCACUCCAGCAUUUCAGCAAGAGUGGAAACCAUCCAGCUGUUUACCAACAUUAUGAUAUGCUUACUGGAGACCCAAGGCCACCUUCCAGACGUGCAUCAGACAGUCGUCUCUGCCUGCCUGUCAGAAGCCACACGUGAUCAGUCUAGACGUGAAGCAGGUCUGUUUCUGUUGUCGCUGUACAUCAAUGAGCUGUGGAGUGGAGCCACAUCAGCAGAGCUGUUCCUGUCUCAUGUCAGUUUGGUGACCAGAACCAAGUGUAAGAGACAGAAAGCAGCCAAAACAUCACGGACUCAAACAGCCAUAAGAGCCAUCUGUAAUGACAUCAUGAAGAGUUAGAUCUGACAUCUGAGCCCAACUAUGUUCUUUAAAAUAAGAAAGCUUGUAGUCUUUCAUUUGAUUUGUCUUUGUUUUGUUUUGUAAAAGCAAUUGAAGAUAUUUUGUAAAACACUGUUAUAAUAUCUGUUGUAAAUUUAUGAUUUUUUUUCAACAUAUGGUGCCUGCAUUACUUAAUCUUUAAACUGUCUAAUUGUAUGUGAACAUUUGGGGUUUUAGAAAACAAAAGGU